AUGGCGGACGAUACGUCAGCCCAAAAUCAUAUGGAACUGGCCCAUCAAGCAUGGCAACGCUUUCUGCAUGCAAAUCAACUGGUCGAUAUCAACGACUCCAUCACACAUAUCAGGGAAGCACAUGCUCUGAUCCAGGCAGACACUGUAGAAUACUACAAUGUCUGUGUUGAUCUUGGGUGUCGUCUAUUGGUCAGAUGGGUCCAGUUUCCAUUUAGUAGAACCAUCGAGGAUGCUUCCGAGGCAACAGGACUUUUGAUAUAUGUCCUGCGCAAAGGACAGACCUACGAUCCUGCAUGGAGGGCAAACCAUGUCAAAGACAUUGCUCAAGUGAUGGGAAUAGCCGUCGAAUCUGGAAGACCCUUUCAAACGGACAUUGGGGUUGUGUGUAUAUUCAUCGAAGCCUGCAAGGAGGCAUGGAAUUUGAAUGGCGAGUUGCUCCACGGGGUGAUAUUUAUCGGAUCUUGUGCUGCAUAUUACCAUGCCAUGGACAACCAGCGCACAAUAAUGCUGGCGUUUGAACUAGCCAGUUCGGAUGAUCUUACCAAAUGGGUCUCUGGUAAAGACAUUCCAGCGUGUCAAAGUUUCCUGGGAGAGCUACUGUGGAUGCGCUAUGAGCGUGUGGGAAAUAUAGUUGAACUCAACCGUGCAGCUCAGAUUUCGCAGAAGGCAUGCGAUGCACCACCUGGGGAUCCCGUUUUUUCUUUGAAUCUGUCUUGCAUUCUUGCAUCCCGGUACAAGGCAACGGGGAAUCUAAAUGACCUGGAAGAAGCCAUUCGACUAACCCGUGAGGUUCUAGAGAGCGACACCGAUGACCUGGAUCUUCAAUCCAAGGCUGAUAACAAUCUAUCCGUGUUGCUUCAUUAUAGUUACCAGGAACGAGGAGCCCUAGCUGAUCUUGAGACCGGGAUAAAACAUGCAAAGAAGUCAGUGGACACUUCACCGGACAAAAUCACGUAUGCAUCGCGUCUGAAUAACCUCAGCACUCUGUGGGCGCGUCAUUAUGAGCGUACUGCGGAUCUGGAAUCGUUAAACAAAGCAAUCAAUAUUGAAAAAAUAGCCUUGAAAGUAGCGCCGACGCAUCCUGAUUUGCAUCAGCAUCUCAAUAAUCUGGCUGUUUGGUUCGUCUGGCGGUAUGAGGCGCAUGGUGGAACCAAUUGAGCGGACUUGGAGUCUGCCAGCGAGAUGGAAGAAAAGGCAAUCCACAGUGUUGGUCCAACAGGCCCGGAUAUGGCCGUAUAUCAGACAAAUCUAUGCGGCUUUCUGAGGGUGAAGUAUGAGCAUAGUAAAUGCCUAGGUGACCUCCGUCGUGGUAUCGAGGUGGGGAUGAAAGCUUUACAGACAUUAUCGCCCAUUUCUGUCACUUAUCUCAGAUGUGUCAGUCAUUUGGGCUACAGCCUCGUUGAAAGAAACCAAGCAAAUGAC